AUGACCGCCUACUGUUUAGCAGCCGAAAGGGCAAGGGCGGCUCUGCUGUCUGCGCUCCACCUGCUUGGAGGGAAGGUUUCUGUUGGAGAGGGUGCAGAGAAAGCGGCAGAGACGCUGGACAUCACUUCGUUUGGACUUGGAAUCGGAGUGCAGGCGUCAUGGAUAAGCUUCAGGGUGGCGACUGGAACAGCUUCUUUCAUCAAUUUGAAGCAGUGGCAUCUCAGUCUACAACUAACGUUUCACGCCCUUCAAUCGUCGACGACAAUGUCCCAUUACCCAUUAUUCGUAGGAGGGCAUCAUUUUGACAUCGUUUAUCACGACGCGAUGGAUGAGCAUGUCAAGUGCCAGGUGUGUGGGAUGUUGCUUCGUCGAACAAUGUUUGCAGCACAUGUACGACAGCGUCACCCUGAACAUUGCCCUCCGUCCAUAUCUACGGAUGACGAUUCUGGAAGGCAUUCAGGACUUGAAUCGCCUGACAUCAGCAGAAACCCUAGUUUUCCUUUUUCUCCAAAGCUGAUGUCUCCUCCGAUCACCAAGGAACCAAUCAAAUUAACAAUUAGCCUUAAAGGUCAUCGAAAGCAUAGACGUAAAAAGGCAAAGCGAGAACGUCGUAGGGAGAGCAGGCCCAGUACAUCAGCUGGGGAAGAGAGAUGUUCGCCUGCAGAGGCGUUACAGCUCGUGGAAGAUCGUUUUUGGCCACGUGAGGACGAACCAGGACCAUCGGCGCAGUACUCAUCGCCGAAUUUUUUGGAAGAAGCGACGCCUAUUUCUAAUCGCUUAAAGGGUUCUGAAACCAGUGAUGGAGCUGAUUUUACAUCACACAUUUCUCCCGAGUUGCGAGCUGAUGCGGAAAAACAUUCAUCCGAGGAACAGUGGAGGCGUAAAGUCAGAAAGAAAAGUCGCAGGAAAUCGAGAAGGCGAGACCUGGAAGCUGAACACUCUUCUCCGAUUCUGUCUGUUCCUCCUAGAGCGGAGCCGCUUCACCUAGACCUAUCCCCUGAUAGCAGUCGACUCUCAGAAAUUGCUUCUCCUUCUCGUGAUUCUUCAAGGGAUUCAUCAAGUCUUGUCAUCAGUAAAAAUAUACGACCUCGACCGGAAACGCGAGGAUACCUCCACGCUCAGGAAACUACGAGUGCUUUUACCAGUGUCCCCCGUGGUUUUUCUUCUCCGUUGCCAUCACCUUCUACUGCUAGACUGGCUCGUUUCUCAUCUCAAUCCGCAAAUGUUGAGACAGUUCCAUCUGUGGAUAUCGAGUUAGACAGAACGACUGUUGUGGGGCAACCGUCUCAGCGUGCUGAGGCAGUUCCGAAUCUCUUCCUACCACAAGCUCCUCAAAUACCUACAGCAUUCGCCCAAUCACCGUGGAUACAUUCUCAGCCUGAAAUUUCUCAAGGGUUUGCCGCGUCACCCGCAUACAACAUUCGGCUGGCUCAAGGAACUGUCGUCGAGGGUGACACAUUUCGUAGCGAAGCGGUUCCAUUUGACCCCGUAGUGAAACCAGCUUUUAAGGCGCUCAAUACUUUGAGUUUUGCCACUACAGAUUCGGUUCUAGAGGAACAGCAAUCGUUGAGCCAUCCACCUACGGACGGCCCAAAAUUAUUAAUCACUCAACGAAAGUCAAGGCAGCCUUCCGGGUCACAAGAACUUUGGGAGCCACUUGGUAUUAAGAGCCCGACGUAUGGUAUCAUUCUGCCAGUUGCAACCAAAAACGACAAUGACGCUGAUGAUGCCACAGUAGCAUUUUUGACAUCGUCGCCUGAACUACUUUCAGAAGAUGAUAGUUGUCCAGUAAAGGAGGAGGUUGAUGAGCAGCAAGGAAACAUGCGUGUUGAAGGACUGUCACCUUCAAGACUAGUACAUCAUCGUCUCCGUUCAUCCAAGAAGUUAACCUCGGAAAGUUCAGAUACGGAUCGGAGAACGAUUAUUGAUUUGGAAGAAGAUCAAGCUGAACGUAGAUCAAGCGAUCGAGAUGGUGACAUACAGAAGUUGUCGAAUCAACUGGCUGCUCUGUCACAGUUAUCCGGGCAUGAACUUGAUUCUGGAAUGAACAGUGAAUUAGAAACAACAGGAAAUACAGUCGAAGAGGAUAUCGAUAAUGAGAAGACGGACGAAGGCGUUCUUCCUUUCCCAUCUGAAAAUCUGGAAAAUGGUAACAAAUUAACGAAUCCUCUCAUGGUCGCAGGAAACCAGUCUCUUUCUGAGGAGAGAAACCACAUUCCUGUGCUGGUAAGCUCACAAGAGGUGAUUACGAAAAGUGGACACUCCUUUAUGUACGACCAAACCGAAUUGGGUGGAGAGGUAAUUGCUCAUUCAGCAGUUGAGAUAUCCUCUCUGGAAAAUGUCCCAACUUCUGAACCGAGUAUUGAGGUUGCUUCUCAGCAAUAUUUGGAUUCAAGAAUCGCAGCUGCGCCUCUUGAGGACGUGGGUGGACAGCCAAUCAGUGUGAUCAUCUCAUCUAGAACUGACAUGAAUAAUGGGCUGGAAGUCGUUUUGGAAACGAGCGGAGCUCACCAUCAUGGUAUGGCGGUCGGGAGUAAUGCAGAUCUUGAGCUUCGCAAAUGUGAAGAGGAGAACUUUUACGACGAAGAUUAUUCGGCAGAUGACGACGAAUUGAUACAUUUUCACGAGGAGUCUGAAAGGAACCAUCAGGAGAUGCUGAAUCAGUUGCAGCAGGACCAAAUGCCGGUGCAACAACAGCCGCUCUCAACAUCCUCAAAAGCAGUGGUCCCGAAUCAGUCACUUUCUGAGCAAACUGUCAUAUACCGUCCAGGAGACGAGAAUGUUUUCCCUGCAUGGUCUUCACAAGGCAUGGCUGCAACUAACCUGGAAUCACCACAACUGAGUGUCCAGACUGUUUUCGAAAACAGUCAACAGAUUACAACGCAACACUCCGACCCUGCUUUUCAGACAGCCCUAGCAGACGUAGCAGCAGAUCCAGUUGCAUGUCAUUUUGGUAAUAUUUCUGCAUCACAAUCAUCAUUAUAUCGCCAGCAUACACAGCCGCAUACCUUCCCACUUGAACGAUGUCAAACUCAACGUACAAGGCCGCUGCAGCAAAAAAUUCGAAAAACCUCUUUUUGCGGAAAAUCUGAUGGUACCAGCAUGACCUCAGUGGAGUUCGAAGAGCAGGAGGAUUUGAAUGUGUCUACUCCCUUGGCCACCACACCACAGCAGCUUCAGCGCUCUCUUCAGCAACACCACCAGUUUAAAUAUGGAUACGAAAUUUUAGAAGGUUCCAAACGGCUACUAGAGAUUGCUCCAUUAUCUCAACAUCAAAAUUUUGGCAGUUAUCAAAAAACUUCAGAGCAAAUUUCCGGCUCAGAUCGAUUUGCUACCACUCAGUCAAUACAUCCUGCCGAAUUAAUGGAAGAAGAGAUGAGAGCAAUGCGAUAUGUUUAUCUGAUGAACGAACAACGCAUUGCUAAGAAGGCUCUGGCACAAAAGGAUAGGAAUGAGACGAAGUUCCCCGCUCCUCACGGUGAUAUUACCUAUCUCUCCGAGCUCCCUCCGAUAACGGUGGAACCGACUGUGAUACCGGAAGGGAUUCCGAGAUCUCGAAUGCAGAAGCAUCUACAGCCUCCUUAUCAUCACGCCCAGUUUACAUCUAGAGGCGGCCUGUGUGUCUCGCCUUGUAAAUCUGAUGCAAGUGAAGAUGAGUUGGUGGAUGUUCAAGAAGUGAUGAACUUAGAGAAUCUUGAGCCUAUGGGAGCUCGAACAGUGAUCCAAAGAUUACAAAACCACUCUGAGCAAGCAACAGUUCGUGCUGAAGAAUGUCGGAAUGCUUCCUACACAGAGCCACGAACUCCAGCCCCUGGGUACCUCCGUCAGCAACGUCCUAGUGAUGACUCACAGGGAAGUGAGCAGUUUUCUCGCUCUUCGCUACAGAAUGAUGUGCUGCUCUCAAAUGCGGGGAAGGAUAACACGAUAGUUACCAACACUUUAUCAAAAAUUCCGCAUAGUUCAAGCGCUGUUGAAGUAGGUAUUUCUCAGCAGCAAAGCAUGCCUGUUCCGUCGAAAGAAGUCAGGUUGUCGUCAAAUGAAGAGGAAUCUUGCGUGAGCAACGAUGAAGGAUGGGCUAGUGAAAAGGGAGAAGGUGCUGCAUUACCUUCUGAUGAUGAGUCAACGGACAGUGAGCUUGUUCGAAGAGGGUGGGAUCUGAGUCCAAGCGUAUCACCCUUGACUUUGGAGACUUUAACCUCCGUUCUAAGCUCACCUGAAGGAUCAGAUUCAAAUGACGAUCAAAUCGGCGUGCCCGUGUGGUCAACAAUGUCUAGAAAACAUGCGAAACUGGCAAUAGCUGUGUGCCGCAAUAUGCCGAAACGCUUACAGCCUUUAUGUCGGCGUUUUGUUUGGCAACAGGGGAUCACGUACUUGCUGGAGAAUUUUUGCCUGCAGAAAUGGGAAAUCCGUCCCGAACACGACGUUGAAUCUGUCUGGUUCUUUGAUAAACUAGUAAGACGAUUCAAACCAUUCGAUGUCGUCCCUUGGGAAGUAAAUGAUAAUGACGAUGCAGCUGAAGUGCCGGAACGUGUGCAGAACGUUUUCUUCGGUUUCAAUAUUUGUGCAGAUAUUCCGUACAGCCGGUCUCGAAAAACCAUCAGAAUUGAGGAUCAUGCAUCUUUGUCACUAACGUGCAAAGAAGCGCGAAGCGAUCUUGAACUAUACUCUUCUGACGCAUCUUCCGUUGACGAAUGUGUUGACAAUGUGUUAAUGGGACCUAGUGGAAAUGGGGCUUCUUCACUAACGUCAUCUAUCUCUACAGACGAAUCCACAUCCACUGAGGGCGAAGAUGUCACUUCAUCUGAUGAGGACGAACAUGACUCGAAAGUCAACGGUACUAACGUGCGCUACAAAAUAUUUCCGCAAAAAUUGUCAUGUGAAAAGCAGGAGUUCAUAGCCAUGAGCUGUUGCAAACAAUUCUUGCAACAAAUGGUAACCCGUAAGAGCGGCAACGAUUUCAGAGUUGGCAAUCUAAGUGCUGUGCAAGUGACGACACUGUUGUCCGAGCUUUAUCGGGAACACCGUGCUGCAUACGAGCUUAUGAUCGCAGACAUAAUACCGAUUCCCGUACCUGAUCAACGCGAAAUCCCUUUUUCCGAUAAUGCUGAGUGGGUCGCGUCAAGAAUUCUCGCCAUUAACAGAGCUCAGAAUAGGCUGUUGAUUCCGACUUUUCCGCCAUGGGCUGCGAUGCACCGCCUCUGGAAGGUUUAUGGACCGCUCCAUCAAUUUGCAUCAGCAGUUGGAGGAGAUUUUGAAAAAUUCGUUGACGAAUGUGUUAGUGUUGCUUACAACCACUACUAUAGGAUAAAAAAUGGAAUCAAGGUAGCUGAUGAAAUUCCGGGUGAUCUACUUGAUUUAUGCUACGCAAUAACAUCUGAACGUAUGCGUGAACACACAGAAAGUGUUGAAGCUGCGAAGAAGAGGCUCGGUGGAAAAACGAAGUUUUCGAAGGCAAGGAUUCCAUUGAGACGCCGCAGAGGAUCCUGUUCUUUUGGGAGUCAACAAAGUGCAAAUGAACUACUUCUAUCACGUUGUCGUCGCGUCUAUGACGAAAAAAGACAAUUGAAAAGGAGAAGGUGGAACACGAUGCGCUAUCUUCACAAUGCCCUGCCUGGAUGUGUGAUCGUGUUGUAUCCGGAGUUUGCGAAUCGAAAGUUGUGCGUUGACGAAAAAGUCUAUCCUUGUUCGCUCGACUCAUCGAGAGCAGAUGUUCACGAUCCAGAAACUAACUGUUCAACGUGUUUGCGAACGUCUGAAGACUACGCUGAUAUGGACUUUGCGCGAAUGUGUUUCAAGGGUUUGCCAUGGGAGAUGCAAGACUUCGAAGUACCUGACGUGGACACUAGCUGCACAUCUUAUCGAUCCUCUAUUUCUCCAGAAAUGAUUACUGAAAACGAUCUCACUAGCUUACUUACCGGUGACUAA